AUGAGUUUUUAUUUUUUCUUUAUAUUUUCAGCUUUAUUCUUGCUGGACAAUGGCUAUGAGGUAUAUCUGUGGCAGGGCUGGUGGCCAGAGGGUGACGAAGAGAUUGAAAACGUCCUCACUGGAUCAGCUCCAGCCCGAUUCAUGGUCGAAAGACACUGUGCCAUGCAAACUGCAGUUGAUUACUGCCAAGCCAAGAAUCUUUCUGCUCCAAUCAAGCCAUAUUUGGUAUAUGCCGGUCUUGAGCCAUUGAAAUUCAUCAAUAUCUUCCCCUUUUGGAGCAUUGAUGAAACUGUCAAGGAACUUUCACUCAAGGAUGGAAAAUAUGAUGGAGAUUUGGUCAGUGUAGAAGAAGAGCUAAAUCGACUGAGUUUAGUCAGAUACACCUUCAAAGAACUGCUCGAAAGACCUCUUCCUGAAGAUGUCGACCCUCUGAAGCUGGAGUCUUACCUUUCUGAUGAAGAAUUUAUGGACGUGCUGAAGAUGACGAAGCCUGAUUAUUAUUCGUUGCCUGCAUGGAAGCAGUCUCCCACCCAUAGAUGCCACCUCUUUACUUUAAUUUGUCAACAAAGUUCAACCUGUAGCCUCCUUCAUUGCCAACUUCUUUUUUUUUAUGUUGUAGAAACUUUUUUUUUUCUUUUAAUUAAUAUUUUUAGGCUGGAGUCUUUUAAACGACAGAUAAGCUUACCUGUUUGUCUAUGUAUUUUUUUUUGUGUGAGCCGACAAGAACAACCGCGUAUAUUAUUUACAAAGGAUAAAAGUAAAUGGAAAAACAAGUUUUCAGGGAGAAGGUCCAAGAUUUUUCCAUGCCAAACAAUAUUUCACGUAAUAAGAUAUUUUUUGUUCUUAUGCUCUCAAUAUUUUUAUAACAACUUCUCACUCCUUCCUCCUCUUUCUCUUUCUCAUCUCUUUUCUUCCUCCUUCACAUCUUGUUUCUUCCUCUUUCCCUCCUCGUCUCUCUCUUUCCCUCCUUGUCUCUCUCUUUCCCUCCUUGUCUCUCUCUUUCCCUCCUCGUCUCUCUCUCUUUCCCUCCUCGUCUCUCUCUCUCUCUCCUCCUCGUCUCUCUCCUCCUUUUUAUUAACGAGAUCUCUCUCCUCCUCCUCCUCGUCUCUCUCUCUCUCCUCCUCCUCAUCGUCUCUCUCCUCCUCCUCCUCCUUUGUGUGUGUCUCUCUCUCUGUCCUCCUUCAUCUCUCUUUUUUACUCUUCCUCUUUCCCCACCACCCCUCCUUCUCUUUCCCGCCUCGUCUCUCUCUUUCUCUCCUUUUCCUCAUCUCUCUUCCCUCCUCCUGCUUGUCUCUCUCUUUUCCUCCUCCUAUUUCCCCACCCCUCCUCUCCCUCUUUCCGUACUCCUCAUCCUUAUCACUAUUUCCCUUCCUCCUACUAUGUUUAUAA